GCUCGCGGUUGAUGUCACUCACUUGAAGCUCUCCGCAGUCAAGAAGCGGCUGGGAUGAGCUCUCCUCCCACACAUGAUUCAGCGUCGCGUUCAUCCGGUUCUAAUAUGAGGUGAUUCAUGAUCAGAAUAGACAAGACACCGCGAAAAUGGUUGUCCAACAGCAUGUCCUGAACUGGCUGUACAGCGUUCUGACUAGUGAAUAUCACGAUGUCCAGCGGACGUAUAACGACGUCGCGCAAGCUCUGUCGCAAUACCCGUCCCUGUCGCCACGGACAGACGUACACACAUAUGACAAUGGGGUCUCGGCGCUCCUAGUGCACCUUUCAGGCACAAUACCCAUCCUGUUCAGAGGAACGACCUACCGCUUUCCAAUCUCGAUAUGGGUUCCUCACGCAUAUCCAAGGGAAGCACCGUUGGCCUACGUGACGCCCACUGAGUCUAUGGUGAUCAGGCCAGGUCAGCAUGUCGAUCCCCAAGGCCGCAUAUAUCAUCCAUACUUGGCAAGAUGGGCUGAAUUUUGGGACAAAUCGUCACUGUUCGAUUUCAUGGCCAUAUUGCGCGAUAUCUUUGCGAAAGAACCUCCUGUUAUUGCACGACAACAACCACGAUCGACGCCCCAACAACAAGCGACGCCUACUGCAACACCACCGCCCGUCCCUCCGCUGCCUCACGAAAUCUCGCGAACGCCUGCUCAGGCCCGCUCUCCCCAUAUCUCUGAUGGGCGCCCCCCUCCGCCUCCUCCCAAAGGGAGCGAUGGUCCGCAGGUUGUACCAGGUCAGGCUAUCAACGCAAACAGUGGUCCUCCGUUGCCUCCCCUUCCGCCUGGCGCCCACAGACCACAGAGCCAGUAUGGUUCACAACAACAACAACAAGGCAACAGGCCGUCUAGAUAUGAUUCUGCUCCGCCUUUGCCUUCCCAGGCCACCGGUCAUGAGCAAGCGCCGCGAUCUUCAGCUCAGGAAUAUCAGCAGCCACCUCCUGCACCCCAAUAUCAGCAGCCCGGAUACAUACAAGGUGGUGGCCAAGCUGGAUAUCCCCCACAAGAUGCACGCCAUCCGGCAGUGAUAUUGCCUCCUGCACAUUAUCAAAGUCCCCGGGCAUCCUACACAGGGGCACCCCCGAAUUGGCAGCAACCACAACCACAGCCACAGCCACAACCACAACCACAACCACAACCUCCCAUACAGCAACAGGCGUUCCAACAACAUCCCAUACAGCCAAAAGCCAAACCUCCUCCGCCUCCAGAUAUCAUGGAUGAGCCCCUGACACUGGCUCUACCUUCUCCGUCCAAUUUGCCCCCUCCCCCCAUUCCGCCAAAUCCAGAAAAAGAUAUGCUUCUUCAUCAACUUGCCGUGACACUCCAUCAACAUCGUAUGCGCGCUCGUCAGCAAAACGAGUCUUCCAUAGUAGGCUUGAACGCCCAGCGCAACGCAAUGCUUACUGCGCUUCAGAAUAUUCAGUCCGAUACGAAUGCUCUUGGGGCUCUGUCAAACGUUCUGAGCUCAAACACAUCCGAUCUUCAGUCCUCACUAAAGGAAGCCGACGCUGUGAUCGCUAAUAGCAGAAGGCAAGCACCACCUGGCAUUGAUGAGCUUCUAGUCGCGCCAACUGUAGUGGGCAAUCAGUUGUACGACGUGGUGGCAGAAGAACGCGCACUGGGAGAUGCCAUCUUCAUGCUGGGUCGGGCUGUGGAAAGGGGUAGGAUAACGCCGGCUGUGUUCGCCAAGACCACACGAAGUUUAGCCAGAGAGUGGUAUCUGAAGAAGGCAUUAGUUAAGAAAAUUGGCCGCGGCAUGGGCUUGGCCGCUUAGGCCCUGAUGAAGGUUUUGAAGCUGUGUUAGAUGACGGUCAAAGUUUCGAACUUAACGUGGCAUGUAUGUUUUUGGAUAUACCCAGCUUGAGCCGUUGGAGAAUACGACGGCUGCCAGGGAAGCACUCCCACGUGCUUGAACCGGUGUCAGCCGGCCUUGGCCAAAUUUCAGACAUGUCCUGAAAUGCUGCCAACAGCAGGUUCAAAUCCCAAACAUUUGGCAACUCUUGGUUUUUAUUAUUUAUUAUUCAUUAUUAAGCCUUCUGUAAACACUAAGUUGCAGUGACUUGGACACCACGUUAUCGAGUAGACGAAACGCGGUGGGAGAUAGUGGAAUGUCAUGAGUCACCUUCUAUAAACAC